CUUGUAUACGUAUAUAAUCACGCAAAUGCAAUCACAAACUGCGAUUCCGCUAAACUACUAAUUUUUAUUUCUUAUAAAUUCAGCGAGUGCAUUGUACAAUAAUUGUUAGUUGUAGUUUAAAAUAGGAAUUUUGAUCGGUUAACAUUUGAAAGCUCCAGUACUCUCAGAAUGUCUGAACGAAAAGUUUUAAACAAAUACUACCCGCCGGAUUUCGAUCCGUCGAAAAUUCCCCGGGUCAAGCUUCCCAAAAAUCGUCAGUAUACGGUUCGCUUGAUGGCUCCCUUCAACAUGCGGUGCGUAACCUGCGGCGAGUACAUCUACAAAGGUAAAAAGUUCAAUGCCCGCAAGGAGGAUGUGGAAAACGAGGACUACCUCGGCAUCCGGAUCUACCGGUUUUAUAUAAAGUGCACGCGCUGUCUGCAGGAAAUAUCGUUCAAAACGGACCCGCGCAACACCGAUUACGAGAUCGAAGCAGGUGCGACGAGAAAUUUCAUGGCGCUCAAGCUAGCGGAAGAGCAAGCCCGUCGCGAGGAGGAGGAAGCCCGCGAAGAAGAGGCCACCAAUCCGAUGAAGCUUCUGGAGAACCGUACUCAGCAAUCGCGGAACGAGAUAGAGCUGCUAGAAUCCCUGGAGGAGUUGCGGGAUUUGAAUAGGCGCCAACAGGAUGUAGACUACGAUCGGAUGCUGCAGCAGUACGAUCCGACGGAAUCGAUUCAGCAAAGGGAAGAACGGCUUGAACGUUUGGAUGAGGAAUACAUCAAGACGAUUAAAUUCCGUGCCCAGCCGUCGUCGAUAGCCUCUGCCAGUAGUAGCAGUGGACUAAAACGUGUUGCCUGUGAGGAAAUCAUCGAGGAGAUCAAGCAGGAGCCGGACCAACCAGCGACCGAAACUGCCGGCGGUGAACCAACAGCUUCCACAACGACGGGCCCUGUGCCGGCUAUCGGAGGAGGCAAGGCGAAAAAGUUGGACACCGCCAGCAGCUUUAGCAUUGGGGUGCGGAAAAGUUCACUGAGCAAUUUGGUAGUCAAGAAGAAACAACCGACGACGGCGACGACGACCCCUGCGGUAAGUGUUGCCCUCGCCGCUGCUGGUGGUGAGCCGCGUGAAACGGAAGCAAAAACCACGGUUACGGAAACUAGUAGUGAACCUGUUGUUCCCAGUGCUACCGUUGGCACCAGCUCAACAGGGCAAGGUAUCAGUGGGUUGGGACUUCUGGGAGCCUAUUCCGAUAGUGAAAGUUGUUCGUCUGAUGGAAAUGAAUGAUUUUUUGACAAAAAAAUGACAUAUUUUUGUUUGGUUUCUUCUUAGGUAAUUGAAAUUGGUUAAUAUAACAUUGCACAUAAGAUCAAUAUUAAUAUUGAAUAUGUGACAUACAUAUAAAUGUA